UCUAUUUAACUUUCGUAAUGUCCGUUGAAAUUGCCCAGCUCAACAAAUUGGACACAACCAAGCUUCCAGAAGCCAGUGUUGCAUUUGUCAAGAACGGAUCAGGAAAAACUCUUGCUCGUGAGACAAUCAUCAAAUACACACCAUCACUUGCCUACGCAGUUGUUCAGGAGUUGGACUCUACGAUUCUGGGAAAAGAUAUUAUUGUUGAGAAGAAACCAGAUGAUGCUCUUCAACUCAAGCUUAUCACAAUUGAGACAGUAAAAGAGAACCGUCGCCUUCUUCCAAUUGCUCAACAAUUCCACACAGUUCCAGAUGGAAGACAUGCUGAAUGUCAUUUGACUGAUAUCCUUUCAACACAUUCUCUUGGAACCUACAACUUGGAUCUUAAGAAAAAUGUGACAAUUGACUCUUUUGAGCUGACUGAUUCAUGGAGAGACGACGCUGGAUUCAUUGUCACUGACAGAAAUGUGUACAUUCAGGGAACUUAUGAUGUUUCCAAGUUGCUUCCAACUCUUAUUCCUUCCACUCAAAAAAUGAUCUCAUACACGAAAACCGACUUCGAUUCGGUCGCCGACUUUGACUCGACAGUCUGUGGAUUUCCACGUGAUGCUUAUCUAACUCUUCUCCUCUCUUCAUCUUCAACUAUUCUUCUUGCGAAAUCUUCCGGUUCUGUCGAUGGAAUUAUCAUUGGAAAUGGAGCUGAUCGAAUCAAUUUGAUCUAUGCUGAAACUAUCGAAAUCGCCCACGCACUUUUGAAAUGCUAUGUGGAGAAGACGAAAACCAAGCAAGUGACUCUAUUCACUGUUCAGGGAAUUUGGGAAUGUGAGCCAACAAAGAAACGGGCAGUACAUAGAAGACAUACACGAGCUGUGCCAUCUCUUAUCAAAUGGGCUAAAAUCUACGCGUUGAACAUGGGUGUCCACAUUGUCUAAUUAUACAAUUUUCUACUAAAUGUCAUUAAUUUCUUAAAAGUUCUAUCUGUAUUUGUCAAUUACCCGCCCUUUUCUCCUUCCCCCUCCACUCACAUAUCCCACGAAUUACCAAAGUUUAACUGUCCUCGUUCUAAAAUGUUUCGAUACUAAAAUGUUUGAAAACCUUUUUUUUUCAAUAAAUGUCUUCCUGAAA